AACUCUUUAUUAUAAUUUCACAUCUUCUAUAGUUUUUAUCUAACAUGGAUAACUAUUUGUCCCAAUUGAGUCCAGAAAUGUAUGUUGCAACCACAAUGCUCUCCCUCGUAGUAGUAUACAUUACUAUGAACUUUCUUUCAAUCCAAAGUAGAACCAAAAGCCAAAAAUAUAUUCUCCCACCAGGUCCAUCACCACUUGCAAUCAUGUUACAUGUUUUUGAGCUUCGAAAAAAUCCACAAUAUUGUCUAGCAAAAUUCUCCACCUUACAUGGUCCAAUAAUGCACUUAAAGCUAGGGCAAAUAUCGACCGUAGUUAUUUCUUCGGCCGAUGCAGCCCAAGAAGUGCUUCAAACUCAUGACCUUUUAUUCUCAAACCGAACGGUUCCUCAAGCCGUCGCGGUCCUCGAUCACGAUAUUUUUAGCUUACCCUUUAUGCCGGUUUGCGAUCUUUGGAGAGACCUAAGAAAAAUAUGCAAAAAUGAGUUGUUUUCUAGCCAAACACUUGAUGCUAGCCAUGCACUUAGGUGUAAGAAGUUACAAGAGAUUUUAAGUGAGAUUGAUAGAAGUAGCUUAGUUGGUGAAGCUGUUGAUGUUGGAAGAGCUGCUUUUAAGACUACAAUGAAUUUUUUAUCAAACACUUUUUUUUCAAAGGACUUUGCUAACUCUGCAGGUGAAACUGAUGAGUAUAAGAGUAUUAUUGAAAAUCUUGUGAGUGCAAUAGGAACACCAAAUUUGGUUGAUUUUUUUCCGGUUUUGAAAAUGGUUGAUCCACAAGGUAUAAGAGGAGUUUCAGCUACUUAUCUUGAUAAGUUGUUGCAAAUAAUCGAUUCUUAUAUUAUCAAGAGAAUGGAGUUAAGAGGAGGAGAAAAUUAUGUCAAAUAUGAUGACAUGUUGGAUAAUUUGCUCGAUAUCUCUCAACAGAAUGGCCAAAAGAUGGACAACACCAAGAUAAAACAUUUGUUUCUUGAUUUAUUCGUUGCGGGGACAGAUACAACUUCCUACACAAUAGAAAAAGCAAUGACAGAAUUAAUUCACAAUCCACAUGCGAUGAUAAAGGCCAAAGAAGAGCUUGCACAAAUAAUCGGCAAAGGAAAAACAAUUCAAGAAUCCGACAUUGUCAAUCUUCCAUAUUUGCAAGCAAUAGUAAAAGAAACAUUACGUUUGCAUCCAUCCGCUCCACUUUUACUACCAAGAAAAGCCAAAAUCGACGUACAAAUUCAUGGAUACACAAUUCCACAAGGUGCGCAAGUCUUGAUUAACAAAUGGGCCAUGGCGAGAGACCCAAAAAUUUGGAAUGAAGCAAACUCGUUUUUGCCCGAAAGAUUUUUGGGCUCUGAAAUAAAUUAUCGAGGUCAAAACUUUCAAUUGACGCCAUUUGGGAGCGGAAGAAGAAUAUGUCCGGGCAUGCCACUUGCUAUUAGGAUGUUGCAUACGAUGUUGGGAUCAAUGAUUAACUUCUUUGAUUGGAAACUUGAAAAUGGAGUUAAAGAUAUUGAUCAACACUUGAGAGCUAUUCCCUCUAGAGUGAACAAGGUGGAACAUACAAUAUGAGUAUAUAGUAUGUUUUUAUUUGCAUAAGGCACAAAACAAAAAGACUAGUGUGCCAUGUUGUGAAUUUAUUAAGAAGUUGUUUUAUUUCUGGUACUUUAACUUAAGUUACUUUAAGUUGUGCACCUAUAAUAAUUUUUAGACAAAAGCUAUAUAUGCUUUUGUUAGAACAUCUUCAACACUUAGUUUAUGUUGCUUAUAUUUCUCUGUUGUUGAAGGUGUCAAACAUGGCAAUUGCGAUUGUUUAAGAUGAAGCCAUGUAUGUACCUUAUGUAAGAACCCUACAACAAUGUUGUUUUAUUAUUUGAUAACAUAUUUUCAUCUUCGAUCUCUACAUGAUAUCAUUUAAAUAAAAUUAUGCUUACAGUCCUUUGAGUUUUA